CCGCCCGCCGCCCGCGUCCCUCGCCGGCCAUGCCGCCCCGCCGCGCCCCUGCGCCCGCGCCCGCCUGGGCCCUGCCGCUGCCGCUGCUGUUGCUGCUGCUGCUGCCCGCGGGGCCCCGGGUCGGCGGCCGGGCCAGCCCCGUGCCCGCCGCGCCCCUGCCGCCGCCCGGGCCGUGCGCCGAGCAGCCCUGCCGGAACGGGGGCGUGUGCACCCCGCAGCCCCCCGCGCCCGGCUACCGCUGCGCCUGCCCCGCCGGCUUCGGGGGCGCCGACUGCCAGCUUGUGGCGGACGCUUGUGCCAGCAACCCGUGUCGCCAUGGCAACUGCAGCAGCGGCGGCGGCAGCAGCAGCGGCGGCAGCGGUGGCAGCGGCGGCAGCGAGGACUAUUUCUGCAUCUGCGAGCAGGGCUAUGAGGGUCCCCACUGCGAGCAGCCGCUGCUGCCCGACCUCCCCGCCCCCGGCUGGACCGAGUCCACGGCGCCCAGACAGCUGCCGCCGGCCCCCGCGACCCCCGAGCCCGAGGCCAUCGCGCCCGGCUCCCAGGCCACCGUGACCCUGCCCACCUGGCAGCCGAAAACUGGCCAGAAGGUGGUGGAAAUGAAGUGGGACCAAGUGGAGGUGAUCCCGGACACAGCCUGUGGCAAUGCCAGCUCCAACAGCUCUGCGGGGGGCCGCCUGGUGUCCUUCGAAGUACCCCAGAACACUUCAGUCAAAAUCCGGCAGGACGGGGCUGCGUCGCUGAUCCUGCUCUGGAAGGUGCCUGCCCCGGGCUUCCAGCAGUGCUCCCUCAUCGACGGCCGCAGCGUGACGCUCCUGCAGGCGCCCGGGGGGCUGGUGCUGCCCGAGGAGAUGCUGGCCCUGGGCCACAACCACUUCAUUGGCUUCGUGAACGAGUCCGUGACUAAGUCCAUCGUGGCUUUGCGCCUGACCCUGGUGGUGAAGACCAGCCACUGUGUGCCGGCCGAGAGCCACGGCAGCGACCUGGAGUGCUCGGGGAAGGGGCGCUGCAGCACGGCACCCUCAGAGGCAACAUUUUCCUGUAGCUGUGAUGAUCAAUACGUGGGUCCUUUCUGUGAAGAAUUUGAUGCGUGCCAGGCGCACCCCUGUCAGAACAACGCCAGCUGCGUGGAUGCCAAGGAGAAGCAAGAGGGAAGCAACUUCACCUGCGUCUGCCUUGCAGGUUACACUGGAGAGCGCUGUCAAUCCAAGAUUGACUAUUGUGUCCUGGACCCCUGCAGAAAUGGGGGAACAUGCAUCUCGGAUCUCGGUGGAUUCAGCUGCCAGUGCCCAGAAGGCUACCUGGGUGCGGCGUGCGAGGAGAAGGUGGAGCCGUGCGCCUCGGGCCCCUGCCAGAACAACGGCACCUGCUACCCCGACGGCGUGCACUUCCGCUGCAGCUGCAGCGCGGGCUUCACGGGCCCCGCCUGCGCCCAGCUCGUGGACUUCUGCGCGCUCAGUCCCUGCGCCCACGGCACCUGCCGCAGUGUGGGCACCAGCUACAAAUGCCUCUGUGACCCAGGUUACCACGGCCUCUACUGCGAGGAGGAGUACAACGAAUGCCUGUCCGCGCCCUGCCUGAACGGUGCCACCUGCCGGGACCUGGUCAAUGGCUACGAGUGUGUGUGCCUGGCGGAGUACAAAGGGACUCACUGUGAAUCCUACAAGGACCCCUGCGCCAACGUCAGCUGUCUGAACGGAGGCACCUGUGACAGCGAAGGCCUGAACGGCACGUGCAUUUGCCCUCCUGGCUUCACAGGUGACGAGUGCGACAUUGACAUCAAUGAGUGUGACAGCAACCCCUGCCAUCACUCUGGCACCUGCCUGGACCAGCCCAAUGGUUAUACUUGCCACUGCUCCCACGGCUGGGUGGGAGCCAACUGUGAGAUCCACCUGCAGUGGAAGUCAGGCCACAUGGCCGAGAGCCUCACCAACAUGCCACGCCACUCGCUCUACAUCAUCAUCGGGGCCCUGUGUGUCGCCUUCAUCCUGAUGCUCAUCAUCCUCAUCGUGGGCAUCUGCCGCAUCAGCCGCAUCGAGUACCAGGGCUCGUCCCGCCCCGCCUACGAGGAGUUCUACAACUGCCGCAGCAUCGACAGCGAGUUCAGCAGCGCCAUCGCGUCCAUCCGGCAUGCCAGGUUUGGAAAGAAAUCCCGGCCCGCGAUGUACGACGUGACCCCGAUAGCCUAUGAGGAUUACAGCCCCGACGACAAGCCCCUGGUCACACUGAUCAAAACAAAAGAUUUGUAAUCUUUUUUGGGAUUUUUUUCAAAAAGAUGGGAUACUACACUCAUUUAAAUAUUUUUAAGAAAAGACAAAGCUUAAGACAUUUAAAAGUUAGCUACUCAAGAGUUUUCGGUAGAAUAUUAAAGAACUAAUUUUCGGCAGCUUUUAGUUUGAAAAAAUAUUUUAAAAACAGAAUUUGUGAAACCCAUAGAUUCGUUUUAAUGUACUUUCAGCUCUCUGAAACUGUAUGCUUUGACUAGUAUGGGCUUUUUUUUUUUUCUUUGUCGACACUAUCACCAAACCCAGAUUCAUUUCUGUGGUUGGUACAGAAUAAGUCUAAUCCAGGCCAAGUUUGUGUUUGACGUGUGAGUGCCGGCUUUCUGAGUAGAGUUAAGGAACCCAUGUAGAGUUUGAUGUAUAAUACAGUAUACCCGUUAAUUAAAAAAAAAAAAGAAGUCUGAACUGUUUGUUUUGUGAAAAAGAAACUAGUUAACUCUUUUCUUCCUAACCCGAAUGACAUUAGCCUCAGCCUUAUUCUGUGCAUGGGUAAGUAACUUUUUUCUGCCCUGUUUUGUUGAACCUUGAGAAACAUCCUUUUGAGUUUGUUUUUGUCACUUUCGUAACUGUCCUCAAACUAGGCCUUGAAAACCUGCAUAAUGAAAGGGUCUCAUGAAGGUCCAUUAUGGAAGCUGUUUUCUUUUCAAAGUCAAGGUUUUCUAUUGUGAGUAAAUUAAAUUUCUGUUGGAAUUGUUGCUAAAAAGGUAGUAACCGUAGGAAAGUACCGGUCCUUCCAGUAGUGAGUAUUUCUCAUAGUGCAUCUUUAUUUAUAUCCAGGACAUUUUCGUGGCUGUAUUUGAUUGAUAUGUGCUUCUUCUGAUUCUUGCUAAUUUCAAAGAAUAUUGAAUAAAUGUUAUCAAGUCAAGGA